ACGACGGCUUUAACACGCGCGCUCGUGUUUCCAAGCCGCACCUCUGGAGCCGCGCGAGCGCAGCCGCCGCCGCCGCUGCAGCUGCUGUGCGUGUGGCUCCGCGCGCGCGCCUUUCUCGUACCCGUCAGUCGGUGGAGGUGAUGACGUGCCGGCGGUGCGCCCACUCACGCGUCAACGUAUUUUCGAGGCGAGAUCUCGCGGAUUUUAUCGCGACGGACGUUCGGCGAAGCUGUGCGCUGUCGGUGCGCGUUGGAGGCUGAGGACGCUGCGGUGCGCAUCUCUCGGUAAACAGCGGGGAGGAUGCUGCAGUCGGCACGCGGCUCUGCCCAGGGGACACGCGCGCCUCUUCUUCCUCCUUCCCUUUUCUUCAAUUGCUUUCGAUUCCGCCGCGCGCCUUUCCAAAAACUGAGCAUGCAAUUUCUUUAAAUACCGGUAUCCGCAAAAAUAACCGUUGCAGGAUGUGUACCGCGCGUUGCGCACCCAAUCCUAUUUUGUGCGUGUGGAGUGACUGGGACAAAAAUCUGUAACGUGAAAGUCAAACACAUGACCAACAUUCUGAAAUUUAAAUUCUUGAUUUGAUAUACUUGAACGUCUAUAAUCGGUUAUUGGAUACUAAAGCAGCAAAAAAAAAGGGGGGGGGGAAAGAUGAUAGCGUUCAGCUUGACAUCGAUACAGCACCUGGAGCCGAAAAGAAAAAGAAAAGUCACGGAUGCGCGAGCCGGAGGAGGGAGGUGUGUGUAUCUGAGUGUAAUAUCAGUGAUUGGACCUGCAGCCGGAACAGGGACAGAUAAAGGACAGAAAGACGGCUCUGCCUGAGAGAUCUUAACAUCAGCAUGUAUUGCACUGCAGCGGAUGAUUGUUGUUCAUUUUUAUGUACUGACUUUAUUUAUUUAUUUAUUUUUGACUUAAUUCGACUUAAUUUUGAGGUUAAGAUCUUUAGUUUAAAUGCUGCAUGAAAUAUUUACGCUUUGCUAAUAGUAGAUGAGAGCAAGCCUACUGAAUUGAAUGAAUAAUUUAUCAACUGCACUCACUUAUUUUAAUUGCUUAUGAUACUAGAACACAAGCACAGUAUAAACAGUGAACUACACCAGCUAGGCCUUCUCCAGAGCAACUACCUAAAAUUACCUCUCCACUCAGUCUUAACAUUUUGAGUAUAUUCAGAAAUAAUCUAAUCUAAAAGGGCACUAAGGCUGUACAGUGAAGAUCCUGCUGGACAUUUAUGAUGCCAAACCCCAGGAGGUUGUACUGACUUUGGUUUGGACUUUGGGUCAAGCCCAGCGCCACUGUCUUACCUGACCUGCGUAAAAGAUUCAUAGAACUGAAGGAAAGCAGUGAUGGAUGUCUUAAAAAGGGAGACUGUCUGGAAAGACUCGUUUACGCCUUGCUGAACUGCCACUUUGUUGACUUUUCCCUCUAAGCUCCACAGACUUGCACUCAAAUACAGAGACAGACGGACUAAGCUAAGAGAAGGCCUGCAAGACUGAAGCCUCCUCUUUCCUUGAGCACGCUCGUGCUCGCAGAAAGAGCUUUGCCACAGUGAGGCAGAGAAGCAUGGAAACUCCGCCCACUGCCCCUCCCCAGCAAUUCCGUCAGUCGAGUUUUCUUAGCCGCCGUCUGAAAAGCUCAAUUAAGCGAGCCAAAAGCCAGCCCAAACUUGAUCGCACCGGAAGCUUCCGCCACAUGAUUCUCCCACGAUUCCGCAGUGCUGACCAGGAAAGAACGCGUCUGAUGCAGAGCUUCAAGGAGUCUCAUUCCCACGAGUCUUUGCUGUCGCCGAGCAGCGCGGCCGAGGCGCUGGACCUCACGCUGGACGAGGAUGCCAUCAUCAAGCCCGUCCACUCCAGCAUCCUCGGCCAGGAGUACUGCUUUGAGGUAACAACAGCUUCAGGCACAAAGUGUUUCGCCUGUCGAUCGGCUGCUGAGCGGGACAAGUGGAUCGAGAACCUGCAGCGAGCUGUUAAACCCAACAAGGAUAACAGUCGACGGGUGGACAAUGUUCUUAAAUUGUGGAUUAUCGAGGCACGGGAUCUUCCACCUAAAAAGCGCUACUACUGCGAGUUGUGUCUGGAUGACAUGUUGUAUGCGCGCACCACCAGCAAGCCUCGAACAGACACAGUAUUCUGGGGUGAGCACUUUGAGUUCAACAACCUCCCUGCUAUCCGGAGCCUGCGCCUGCACCUCUACAAGGAGACGGACAAGAAGCGACGCAAGGAGAAAAGCACAUAUCUUGGCUUGGUCAGCAUUCCCAUCUCGAGCAUCACAGGCCGUCAGUUUGUGGAGCAAUGGUACCCAGUCAUUCAGCCCAGUGUCCUUGCAAAGGGUGGUGGUGUGGGUAGUGGAAAGGUCAUUAAUGCUUCACUGAGGCUCAAAUCACGCUACCAGACUAUGAGUAUCCUGCCCAUGGAGCUGUAUAAGGAGUUUGCAGAGUAUGUGACGAAUAAUUACCGCACUCUUUGUGCUGUCUUGGAGCCUCUCUUGAGUGUGAAGAGCAAGGAGGAAGUGGCCUGUGCCCUGGUGCACAUCCUACAGAGCACCGGCAAGGCCAAGGAUUUUCUGUCUGACAUGGCGUUGAGUGAGGUAGAUCGCUUCAUAGACAGAGAACAUCUGAUCUUCAGGGAGAACACACUGGCGACCAAAGCCAUAGAGGAAUACCUCAAACUUGUUGGACAUCGCUACCUUAAAGACACUAUUGGUGAGUUUAUUCGUGCACUGUAUGAGUCAGAGGAAAAUUGUGAGGUGGACCCCAUGCGAACCCCACCUUCCAUGCUUCCAGACCACCAGGCCAACCUACGCAUGUGCUGUGAACUUGCGCUUUGCAAGAUCAUCAACUCCCAUUGUGUUUUUCCCCGGGAGCUGAAGGAAGUAUUUGCAUCGUGGCGUGUGCGUUGUGCUGAAAGAGGUCGUGAGGAUAUUGCAGACCGGCUCAUCAGUUCCUCGCUAUUCCUGCGCUUCCUGUGCCCAGCCAUCAUGUCUCCAUCACUGUUCAACUUGACGCAGGAGUACCCAUCUGAGCGCACAUCCCGAACCCUCACGCUCAUCGCCAAGGUGGUGCAGAGCCUGGCCAGCUUCUCCAAGUUUAGUGGUAAAGAGGAUCAUAUGAUGUUUAUGAAUGAGUUCCUGGAGAUGGAGUGGGGAUCCAUGCAGCAGUUCCUCUAUGAGAUCAGUAAUGUGGACUGUGGUAGUAAUGCGGGGGCGUUUGAGGGUUACAUCGACCUCGGCCGAGAGCUCUCUAUCCUACACAGCCUGCUCUGGGAAGUCAUGGCCCAACUGAGCAAGGAUGCUAUCCUGAAGCUAGGGCCCUUGCCACGCUUGCUAAACGAUAUCAGUGUGGCUCUAAGGAACCCACAGCUACACCGGCAGGCAAGUCACCAGCCACCUGAACGCCACCUCGCACGACCGCCCUACAGCCGUCCAGCCACUAAUGACUUCCAGAGCCUGAUGAUGAGGGAGCAGAACAGUUCUAUAGAUAUAUCUCGUCUACCAUCUCCUACCUCCGGAGGCGGAGCUCUCUCUCACCCAGGCAUGGCUGGCUUUGAAAGAGAUCACCGUGGCAACAAAGAAGUGUUCUAUGUGGCACGCCCACCCUUAGCCCGCUCAAGUCCUGCCUACUGCACCAGCAGCUCUGACAUCACUGAGCCAGACCCCAAGGUCCUAAGUGUGAAUAAGAGUGUAUCUAUGAUGGACCUGCAGGACUCGCGCAUCAACAGUGUUUCCAACCUGCACUCUGUUAACGACAUGCUGAACUCGUCACAGGGCUCCAUCGCUGGACUGGGCAGUUUUGGAGGCGCUCCUCUGCGACUCGGGGGCAUGAGGUUCAGCCAUUCAGGCGGCCUGGCCUCGGACUCGCUCUCUCAGCAGCAGCAGCAUGCGGCAGCUGCCAUGCACGUGCCGCUCUCCUUCCAGAACCCGCUGUUCCACUUGGCUUCAGAUGGGCCUCAGUACCAUGGCCCACCCCAUGCCUCACACGCCCCACCGCUCCUACUCGCCCCAGAGCCCGAGAAUGGGCAUGCAGGCUUCGGGGUGCCAGCUUUCGGCCAUGGCGGGUUCUCUCGCAGUGAAGAUCUCUCAGCCUUGCGCACACAGAACAGCCUGGUGCAGCCUAGCAUUGUCCACUCACACAGCUACAGUGACGACUACACCCGCCACAACCAGGCUGACUACGCACGCCGACAGCUAUCACUGCAGGUGCAGGAGAAUCUCCAUCAGCAGGUAUUAAUGGGCAUGGCCCCUCAGACUGCUACCGGCACCGGAACACCCGCCUCAGUCGCAACGCCCCCGGCCACCAUGCAUCCUGUCCGUCAGGCUUCUAUGGCUCCUCCUCCUACACAGCGCAUAAAGCCUCAGCCUUCCCACCAGCUGUCAGUCAGCUCAGCUGCUAAUUCAACCCCACCCAAAGUCAGGCCCCAGAGCGGAAACCUCCUUCAGUCACCUGAGUCCAGCUUUGGAGCAAGGCCGAUGCCACGGCAGCAGCUGUCAGUUAAGGACAGCCCCGCCCCUGGUCUCCCUCACCAAUCCAGCACAGCCAGUGAUAACCAGCCGCAACAGGGGGGCACUAAUGAGAACACAGAGAAUGCACAGAGCGAUACUCCGGCUAAAACUGCUCCACAAACCAACCAACAGCACCUACUAAAACCAACUACUAACAAGCAGGGCUCUAAGUCUCCCUCCACACUGAACCCUCCGACCCCUGCAUCUGAGCGGACAGUCGCCUGGGUGUCCAACAUGCCACACCUGUCAGCUGACAUCGAGAGCUUGCGCGUGGACAGAGAGGACCUGAAACUGAAGGAGCACUCUAAGAGCAUGGACGAGUCUCGGCUGGACCGGGUGCGUGAGUAUGAGGAGGAGAUCCACUCCCUGAAGGAACGGCUGAUGAUGUCCCACCGUAAGCUGGAGGAGUAUGAACGCAGGCUGCACUCUCAAGAGCAGCAGACCAACAAGAUCCUGCUACAGUACCAGAGCCGUCUGGACGACAGCGAGAGGAGACUGAGGCAGCAGCAGCUGGAGAAAGACUCGCAGAUCAAAGGCAUCAUCAACAGGCUGAUGGCGGUGGAGGAUGAGUUGAGAGGCAGUGGCGUUUCUGACCUCAAAUCCCGAAUAUUUACAGGAGAGGAUGAUCCAUAUUCCUCUCUGGGUUCCGUUGAGCAAAGCAUGGUGCCAGGAGGGGAGGGGGUUCUCCCGCUGAACCCCAUGUCGGCUCUCUCCUCCACCACCAGCUCCCCUUGGAAUGGAGCUCUCCCUCCCCUGCCCCCACACCUGCACAUCAGCCAGAACGGUGAUCUUCGUGGCAAUACCGGCUUCCCGGGUGCAGCCAUCGCUACAGCAGCCGGGGCCGCGGCCUGCUGGGCCAUGCAGGGAGGGAGACUGGGCUAGUCAUGUGGCCUUUUGAACACUGCGAGAGCUUUGUGCUGUGCAAAUACAUGCGCAUUGUUGCUAGCCAAAAUAUUAUCCUCACAUUCCAGCAUGAGUCUGUGGCUGAAGAACCUGUAGUCAGCUUAACAGCCAUCUGUCCAUUUUUUUUCCCGCUUUUAUCUGUCCAUUAAAGAGAACAUCAGCCAAAAUUGCUAAUAAAAUACAAGAAAAUACAUGAAAUGUUUUAGCAAUUUUAGCUGUGUUAUCUGCUAAAAGAGCUUUUUUUUAAGAACGCUAGCUAGGUUUCUUUUUUUAGGGUCGGUCAGAGCUCUAAAGUUCUUUUAAGAUGCUUUUGGCUUAAGCAUAUGGUAUUUAGACAUUUUUUAAAAUAUAUAUAUAUAUAUAUAUAUAUAUAUAUAUAUAUAUAUAUAUAAGUAUUUAGCUUAUUAUUAGUUUAUUUGAAUGUUUCUUUAGAAGUAUGACUCAUAACUGGGUACAAAAUGCCUAAAGCAUAUAUUAAUGAGAUACUAUUUUUAAUGUCACAAGGGCUGUGAAAACAAAAGUGUGAAGAUGUGUUUACAUUUCCAUGAACUGCAGAACUAAUUUCUAUAUCCAUGACAUGGAGAUUUGCUGUUAUCGGUUCUAGAAAGAUUUUCAAGAGGUGGAUAAAUUCCCACUGAGAUAUGAGUUGAGAUAUGAGUUGAGUCAUUACAUCUUUCUUUAUUUUGUCAAUCUGAAGCGUUCAUGAGUGUCUUUAUAUGACUGCCAUCUAUCACUCAUAUCAUUCCCAUGCCAUUUGCUAUCGUAAAGUGUGUGUAGCUUAUCCGAAUGUGUUGUCCAGUAUGUGGAUGAUAUAUUCAUUAUUAGAGAAUGAUGUGAAUGUUAUGACAGAGGCUUUAUACAUGUGAUCCAAGAAACCAGGACAAUUAACCUGUCAAUCAAAGGCUAAGUGGACUGUCAAUGGACACUAAGCCACAUGCUGCCCUCCUGCGCUCACUUUGUUUUUCUCUCCCUCAGCCGAUCUAUGGUGGGCACACCGGAACAUGAUUGGACCACAGCAGCGCGAAAGGAUAUGUGACUGGACCCACGCCAGUCCAGGACCCUCUCUUGUUUCUGAAUGGUUGAGAGAGGAGAGAGAAAGAGGAAGAGCCUGAGAAAAAAUAAAUAAAUAAAAAACCAUCGCUCUGACACAUCAAACCCCAAAAAGCACACGUACACAGGAGCACAUUCUGUAUGUCUCUCUACUUCUUUCUCUCCCUCUCUUUUCCUCCCUGAGCCAAUAUAAUGACAAUCAUCUCUUUUUUAUGUAGUGAAUUGACAAAUUAGCUACUCGGUGCUGUUUAUUCUAUUAUUUAUUCGGCCAUUAUUACAUUAGGAUCUUUGCUUCAAAUUAAAGCUACGAACAGAGGGACUUGCUUCAUGUAUACUCUUUUUUGGUUUUGUUUUUUUCCUUUCGCCCAUAGUACACCUCAGACUUUCUCUCUACGUCUUUCCCUCUCUCAGCAGGCGUGUUUGUUGUUUUCAGCAUGAUAGCUGCAGAGGGGUUGUGCUGGUCUUUGUGUGUAUGUGCAGUUAUGGUGUGUAUUACCAACUCCAUAACCCACAAGCCUCCAAGCUCUAAUAAUGACUCUUCAUUUUUGUUCUUGUAAUUUUUUUCCUAUAAUGAGCCUUUUCAAUCUUUUUAUGGAGGUGUGGUCUUUUCUGAGCCAAUCAGAUGUUGCCAUACUACUCAGAAAGCCCUUCCUGUGCCGCGCAAUGGGCGGCACCUCUUCUCUGUGCCUAAAGAGCUCUAUACAAAACAGGGGAAAUGGGAAAAAAAAAAAAAGAAAAACAAACAAACAAAAAAAAAAUUCAUCGAACCGGAGUGAACAGGACACUCCUUUUUUUCUUUUUUUUUUUUCUUUUUUUUUUUUGUCAAGCUGUGGAGUUUGAAAGAGAAUGAUGUUUGAUUAAUAUUGUCUCCGUUUGGACUUUUGCUGCUUUAAGGACUUUUAAGGAUCAGCAUCCCUUCAUCUCAUCCGGUCGAUGGGACAGAAAACGACGCGAGCGAAGCUACAGCGCCACUGUGCGUGUGCGAGUCUAAGAGCAGAAACAACCUGCUUUGAGCGAGCGAGACGGUGUGUAGCUUCAGUGUACGUGUGAACGACGGGACGUAUUCUGCGUACGAGGUGCUUCUGAGCAUCGAUGCAAAUGGAUUUGUCUUUUCCUUUGUGAGCGUGUGCAUGCAUGUGCGUGUGAACUAGAGAACUGAGGAAUAGGAAUGAGAGCAGAUGGAGAACACCGAGGAUGACCAUGGUUUCAUCAGCUAACGGCAGGGACCCGCCUUGAGAGGAAACUGCAGUAGAGACGAAAAAUCUAUAUGAUCUAGUAUUUAUAAAGUCUAGCUUUAGUAUUUAUAAUUCUAGACCUAUAGCCCAUCUUUAUUCUAUUAGACUUUAUUUAAGCACAAAUAUACCCAUUACCAAUGUACUAUAUUGUGGUAAUGUACUAUACUACUCUCCUAAAGCAUGGAGACACACACAUACACACACACACACACAUACACAACGAUCAUAGAAGGAAGUAGUAGCAUCAUACCUCAUUCGGUCCUACUGUUAUCUUCUUUCCAUUAGGCGUACAGCAUCGAUCAAUCAAUCCAACACUUCUGUUCGGUUCUCCUCGCCGUCCGAUUGGAGUUUUUUCAGAGAUCGGUAGCUGAUUUCUUUUGCUUGUGAGCUUCAGUUGGAUUUGAUGUACAUAAGAGCUGAGGAUUCAAGACCUGUUGAUUUCUACAGUUUUAUUCAUUUUACCAAGUCCUACUGUUUUUUUCUGAUUCUUCCUUGAUGUUCGAUAGAUGAUUACACACAUAUACACCAUUAGUUGGUUUUGCUGGUAGGUUUUUAGUCACUUGCUUUUUAAUUUAUUCUGAUUCUUCUUCUUCUUACUAUUAUUUUUCUGUGGUGGUUGAAAGUAUUGAUAACUUAUUAUGUCUGCACUUCAGAUAUUAUUUAUUUUUGAGAAAAAGAAAAAAAAAAAUUGAAUCGUGCCCCGUGCCUAAAUGUUCUGGUUCUGAAACCGGUUAGAAAUAUGGCUCUGCUUGUUGGCCACUGCGGAUCAGAACCAGUUAUGAGAGAAAGAUUAAGCAGAACCUUACGAUACUCGUCACCUUUUGUGUAUAAAAGUCCUCCUGAGAAAGAUUGUGCUGGUGAAACGUUUUCUCCCAUCGUGUAGCGCUAUAUUUGUUUUUUAGAGUCAUGAGAUUUUCUAUCUAAUCUUCAGAACGAAACACCCAGUGCGGGUCUACUCCUACCCUUAAACUUAGCCAUAGACAUGGACAAGCCAUACACACCCUGUCCUUCUUACGGGCUUUAGGAGCGUAGGAAUGUAUAUAUUUCUAUAGAACCACAGAAACACGUACCGGCGAAGGAAAGGCUCAGUGUUUAACCGUGUGGGAAACCUCAGCAUAUGGAGAAAUGUUGUGAAUGUUAAUAUUGUUAAGAAGACAAUUAUUCUAUUCAAAUAUGACUAUUAUUGUAAUUAUCAUUGCUUUCAUUUUCUUGAUGAUAUGAUUAUUGAUUGAUCAGAAAUUUCUUUCAUUUUGUGAAUAUGAGUUUACUAUUAUUCCAGAAGUUUAAAUAAUUGGACAAAUUAAUAAAUAGAUAUAUGCUAACCUUUA